GGGAGACGACCUACGGUACUUGUGGCUUCCAGCAAGGCCCGCAUUUAGGACGGUGGCGGACGGUAGCGCCGCCGGCAGCUGCCCCGCGGGAGGUGAGGCUGCCCUCGCCAGGCUGGCGGCCCCGGAAGGCUACUUCCAUGUGCCGGCGCCGCCGGGCAGGCAAGCGGCAGCCUCCGCGAUGAGCCGGGCGCAGCACAGUAAGCUAGCAGUCGUUUGCCUACUCUGCCUGGGGCUCGCGCGCCUCCCGGCGGCGGCCGAAGUGGGGGAGAGGUCGCCAACGCGCGUCGGCAAACCGCGUCGGCGCGCGUCGGGACCGCGUGGGCGCCGACCGCGUGGGCGCCGACGGCAGCCGCGGGCAGACCUCCCGUCGGGGAUAGCGCAAAGAUCAGCAUACGCGCGCGUCGGCGGACCGCGCGGGGGAGCGGGCGCCAACGCCAGCCGCCGGGUCGUGUGGCCGCUCCGGGGCACCGGCCGGACUUACGUCCACAUCGUCGGAACGCGCUUCUGCCUGAAACAGGGCCACAAUGCGGCGCUCGUCGAGGCGCGUCUCCUGCUCUUCGAGCGCAUCUGCGUACCGACGAUGGCGCAGCAGUCGACGAACCGCUUCGUCUGGCUCGUCAUCGUCGACGAGACGCUGGCGCCCAGGCACCGCCGGCGCCUCACGACCCUUCUCGCCGCGCACCGGGGACCCAAGGACUUCCGCGUCGUCUCGCUCGACCGCUCGACCGCCAACCGCGACCUGCGCGCCCAGGGCCACCACGCGUACGGCCUCGCGCGGCUGCGGCAACCGAGUAUCGUCGCGGACUACGUCCUCACGACCGUCCUCGACGCCGACGACGGGCUACCAUAUCAAGCGCUCCGGAUGAUCCGGGAGCAGGUCGCUGACGCGGUCCGGCGCGUCCAAAGGAACGCGACCCUGCUCGAGCACAAACUCGUGGCGGUCGCGUGCUACACGGCCGCCCUCAACUGGCAGCCGUCGACGCGGCGGCCGGCGGGCGCGCUGAACCUUCACAAUGAAUCCAUGUGCAUCACGCCGGGCCUGACCCGCGUCGUCCCAUUUUCGCAGCCAAUGGCCCUCGGAAAUUCGAGUUCGUCGAAUCAUGCUUUACUAAAGUCCCGCUGGCCCGGCGCCAAGACCUGCACGCAACGGUCCCCGCGGCAUUCCGGGACACGGUCGGCCGCGGCGAUCCCGAUCCGGUCGCGGACGGCGACGUCGAACGGGAUGCGCGACGUCGUGCGCGCCGCGGACGUCCCUGCUUCCGACAUCUAUCGGUGGCGUCCGACGCUGCUGGCGCAAUUUAACAUCACGACGGGCGACCUCAAGGCCACGAACAAGGGCCUGACCUUGAACGAAGCCGCGAUCGCGCGGGCGCAGAUGCGGAGCAACUGCCACGACGGCUGGAGCUGCAAGGACUACGCGCUGGAGCUGCUCAGGAACAUGAGUCGGGGCGCGCGGCGCCUCGCCGCACUGGUGGGACCACCGGUGGGACCUGGCUGGCGAGGUCGCCUACACCAGUCCCACGCCGGCCAUUGCCGCCACUGGAUGCUCACGGACACCGUCGUAAUGUGAGAAACAGUUA